CGAUGGUGAGGCAGUCGGACAGCAGCUGCAACACAACACAACAUGAAUCACAAAACAGCAGCAACAAAAAAAGGCUACGACCUGACGCUUGCAACAUAUCUUGGAGGAGGAGGAGGCGCUGGGUGUGCCCACCCUCUGUUUCAAGCAUAAAAACCCCCACGGUCUCAGCUGAUCAAGACAUUCAGCAAACCUCAAUCUACAGGCAAGAUGACCAGUCUCACUGCUAAGGACAAGGAAACCGUCAGGGCCUUCUGGGCUAAAGUGUCUGGAAAGGCUGAGGACAUCGGCAAAGAUGCUCUGAACAGGAUGCUGAUCGUGUACCCUCAGACCAAGACUUACUUCGCCCACUGGAAGGACCUGAGCCCCGGCUCUGCCCCGGUGAGGAAGCACGGAAUCACCGUGAUGUCUGGAGUCGCUGAUGCUGUGACCAAGAUCGACGAUCUGAAAGGAGGUCUCCUGAACCUCAGUGAGCUGCAUGCCUUCACUCUGAGGAUUGACCCUGCCAACUUCAAGAUUCUGUCCCACAACAUCCUUGUGGUCAUGGCCAUCAUGUUCCCCAACGACUUCACCCCUGAGGUCCAUGUGUCUAUGGACAAGUUCCUGGCUUGUCUGGCUCUGGCCCUGGCUGAGAAAUACCGAUAAACAGCAGAAGAUGACGGAGACUGCAGCAUGAGUUCACUCUGCAAAUUCAAUAAUAAAUGAAUG